AUCGUUGUUGUCACACGGACCCUCAUUCAUGUAGCACCGCUCAUGCACAUGUGUAAACAAGCAGCUGGGAAACUUCUAGAAAAUGUAAAAGCUGUCUCAUCAGAAGGGUGAAUUGAGUACAGCUUGUAUUAAGUCACAUUUGUUUAAGAUUUGUUCAAAAUAAAAGUGAAUUUUAAGAAUAUUUAAAUCGAAGAUGGCGUCUUCAGAGGCUCAGUAUGACAGCGAUGAUGGCAUGGACGAGUUUAUGGACAAAUUUAAGACUCAGAGAUAUAAAAAUGCUUUCAGCGAGAACAACUGGGAGGAGGAGUUCAACAAAGUUCCCAUGUUCAUGAAAACAGCCCCUGAAGAGAUCGACCCUAACCAGUACCCAGAACUAGCUUGUCUCCAGGCCAUCAUUCACGAUGAAGACAGAACUCCAGAGGAAAUAGCAAGGAGCCUGAAAGAUGAGGGGAAUGUGUUUUUCAAAGAGAAGAACUACCAAAAGGCGAUCGUGGCUUACACAGAAGGUCUGAAGAAGAAAUGUGGAGAUCAGGAGGUCAACACUGUUCUGCUCACUAACAGGGCAGCAGCACACUUCCACCUGGGUAACAUGCGAUCUGCACUGAACGAUGCUGCAGCUGCAAAGAGGAUCAAACCAGACCACCUGAAAGCCUUAAUCAGAGGUGUUCAGUGUUGCAUUGAGCUGCGCAACCAUGCAGAGGCCCUGCAGUGGUGUGAGGAGGCACUCAAAGCCCAUCCAACAGACAAAAAGCUGCUGGAGCUGAGAGCUGCAGCAGACAAACACAAGAGAGCGGCAGAAAGAGAUGCCAGGAAGGCCAAGGCAAAAGAGAAAAAGUUGCACGGUGUGAAAGAAGCUCUUCUAGCUGCUAUAAAGGAUCGAGGCAUCAAACUCCUGCAGCCUGUGAAGUCUGGUAAGCGUGGUUCUGACAGUGAGGAUGAGGCUGAAGGCUCCUCUGCAGCGAUAUCAGAGCUGAGUCUGGACGGACUCAGCUCACAGGAGGUGACCGGGGCUCAGGUGUUCCUGGACGAGCAAGGAUCACUGCACUGGCCCGUCCUCUUCCUCUACCCUGAACACCAGCAGAGUGACUUCAUCUCCGCUUUCUGUGAGAGCAACUGUUUUAUGGAUCACCUGGGGGUCAUGUUUGGAGAAGAACUUCCACCUUGGGACACGGACAGAAAAUAUCACCCACAAAAUUUGCAGCUUUACUUUGAAGAUGAGAAGACAGAGACUCUCCGCCAGGUCCACCCAGAGACCUCACUUUUGAAAGUGCUGCAGCAUAAAAGGUUUUUCGUCAAAGGAGGCACUCCCAGCUUUAUCAUUCUAGUAAACGGCUCACCUUUCAAGAAGCAGUUUUUAUCAGGAAAGAAAACACAAGGACUGUAAAGACGAGUCUUCAACCCUGGACUGUUGAUGCACAUCAACCCCAAAGGACUAACUUUGUUCUGGAAAAGACACCAAGGCAAACGUGUGUCUGUUUUCACCAAGAGCAGCACCUGAUUCUCUGUUUGUCUGUACAAAUACAAACUCAAUUUAAAAAAGAACUCUCAAGACAUUCUAUUAAAGUGCUUUAUUAGUCAAACUGAUACGCUGAAGUAAGUCUAGUGAAACAGAACAUUAAGACACCUAGUGUGUAUGAACAAUCACUGUAAGUACUCAAAGAAUAUAAAAAACAAAACCUGAAAAUAGGCAAAAACAGCCUCCUGACUUUAUCCUCCACUACAGGAGGAAGAAUUUGGAGUUUCAUUGUCGGUCCAAAUAAAAGUGAUAUGAUGUUGAAUUAAAUUUUUUAUCUAAUGAA